GAAGAUUUUAUUAUACUAACGAAGUGUUUACUUCGUCAAUCGCGGAUUCUGCCACUACAGGGACUGUAGGGGUCUCGAAAUGGCCAAUCAUUUUCUUAUUUCAUAUCUACAAGCCCACCCAACCCUGAGCAUAAUAUUUGAUGGCAUGAAUAGUCGCCCAAUCUCCAGAUCAGGCGUUCGGCAGCUUUCAUGUAUUAGAUACAGAACUCGGAAGAUAACAUUUGGGCUUGCUAUGCAGGAGUCGCCCGAGCCAACCACACUCAACGGAUAGCCAACAGAUACUUCACAAUUCGGUUCACCGAGUGUGUGGUCUGGUGGCGGAGACGUUUUCAAUGCUACCCACCUGCCACCUGCCACCUGAAGAAAAAUGAGACGAAUACAAGUAGAUUUCUGGGUGCUCGCGACCCAAGAGUGCAGGUUAGUUAGCAGCUAUAAUCUUUCUCCUGGUUACUUUAAGAUGAUUGUGACCCAAAAAAAUUCCUCAAUAUCAACAAUAAAAACAACAACAAUUGGUAUCUAGGUACACACCAUAACAAAAUGGAAAAACUCGGACUACUGCGUGGAUUAGAAACGAUUCACUGGCUGAGCGUUAUUGUCUUGAUUGCCUUUUUAAACGUUUUCACGUGGGCGUUCUUCAGGCUCAAGCUUCACCCCUUGGCUCCUAUCCCAGGGCCACCGCAUUGGAUUCUUUCUCGAAUCCCCUUUGUCUGGGCUUUGCGGCGCGGAGAAUUGGUGCAUAAACUUGCAUCGUUGCAUGAAGAGUACGGACCUGUCGUUCGCAUUGCCUCGAACGAAGUCUCCUUCACCGACGAAAGAGCAUGGGAUGCAUUCUACGCCCCAUACCGCAAGACAUCAUAUCUCCCUAAAAGUCCUUUCUGGUAUCGACCCCGCAUUAAUAAUGGCUCAUACGGUAUUAUGGCAUCCCCGCCAGCCGAGCAUGGACGUUUCCGUCGGGCGUUUGCCGCUGCUUUCACAGAAAAGUCUAUGCGAGAACACGAACCUAUGAUUCUUCAGUACACCGAUAUAUUGAUAACUCAGUUAAAGGCCGAAGCAUCGAAGAAUGCACCCAUAGACAUUGUCGAUUGGUUCGAAUACGCAGCCUUUGAUAUUGUCGGCGAUCUCGCCUUUAGCAAGUCUUUUCAUUCCUUGGAGAAUAAUGAAUUUCAUUAUCUCGUCAACGCAUUACGAAGGGUCAUGCAUGCUUUCACACAAGCAGUUGUUCCCCGCAUUCUAGGACUUGAAAUGCUUUACACAUGGAUUGUCCCAAAGAUUUCUCGGCAGAAGCAGAUGGCUUAUAACAAAUCAUUGAAUUAUUUCACCCAUCAAAGGCAAGCUCAAGGAGAAACUCCGGGUAAGAAUGAUCUAAUGACCUAUUUCACCGAUCGUGAAAACGGAAAGGCUUUGUCAAUAAUCGAGACUGAAAAUGCUAUUGGCGACAUUAUGAUAGCGGGUAGUGAAACAGUUGCUAGCACGCUUGCAGCCAUCUGCUACCAGAUCGUGAGAAACCCUGAAGCCAAUCGCCUUUUAGCAGCUGAAGUUCGACAAACCUUUGACCGAGAAGAGGAAAUUGGGGCAUCUGCGGUUGCUGAGUUGCCAUAUCUCAAUGCAGUUCUAGAUGAGGCUAUGAGACUAUGCCCUUCACUACCCAUGGUCUUGCCUCGGAUUGUCACCGAACCUGGAAUGGAAGCAUGCGGCUACUGGCUACCCACUGGAACACUCAUCACAUUCUGUCAAUUAGCUGCAUAUACAUCCCCAGCUAAUUUUGCCUCCCCGAAAGAGUUUAUCCCAGAACGCUGGUUGCCAGACUCCAAAAUUAAGCCCCACAAUACCAAUGUUUACCACCCAUUCAGUGUUGGCCCACGGGAUUGUGUGGGCAAGGCUUUUGGUCUCACGGAGGUGCGUCUAAUUUUGGCGAAAUUGAUUUGGAAUUUUGAUUUGAGUCUUGGGGAAAACGAAUGGGAUUGGUACACCCAAAAAGCCUUUUUGGUAUGGGAGAAAAAUCCGCUCUAUCUUAAUUUAUCUGUAACAAGCAGAUGAUAAGCCGAGGCUUUUUGAGAAACUUCUUCAAACAAGGAUAUCUAUUGCGUGGACAACUAGUAAAAUAAGACCACAACUUCACAUACUCUAUUUUCUUAUACUAUGACGAACUUUCACCGCGUGAGGAAUCAGAUGCGAAGGCCGCUCUGACCAGAAUCCCUUUCUACUUAGGAAAUUCUCGGUACCGGGUGUAACCGCGCGGAUGCCAUCAGCCGUUCCUAUUGGUUCUGAUGCUUAUGCACUCAGCGUACUGUGUCUUUCCUUUACACCAAAAAUCACUCUUUUGAUUAAUUAAUAUUUUCAUUAAAAUAUAAUAUAAUUUUAUAAAAUUAAAAUCAACCAAUCUACA